UGAAUCAGUGCCAUAGGAAAGUAAACUGUCAAAUGUACUAGAAAGAUUGUGAAUCGCAGAGAGAGAGGGAGGGAGAGAUUGAGAGAGAGAUGGAGAGAUUGCCUGCUGAUAUUUGUCUGAAAAUCUUUUGUUUCUUGGAUCAUCAAAAUCUUGCUGCUGCUCACCAAGUAUGCAGGCGAUGGAAGCUCAUGGCAUCGGAAAAUAUUUUGUGGGCCAAUCUAUUUGAGGAACGAUGGGGAAUAGAUAGUGCCACAUUCUAUGCUCCCACAGAUUCCAAGUCAUGGAAAGAUGUGUAUAUAGUCCAAGAUCGUUGUGACCGAAUUGGAUUGGGAUUGAAGAUAAUAUCUGAAGGAGAUGAGUGUUAUCUUGUCCAUCAAGGUGAAAUACAAAGACAUUUAGGUUCAAGAAAACAGGAAAUGCUAUCAAACCAGAGUUCAAAUAGCGAGGUUGCAGCAGAACCAUCUUUAGCAGAUAGUGAGCCAAGUGUAGGUAUAUUAGAUAAAAUCCUUUUCUUCCUUGGAGACUUGGAAGCUGCUUCUGUACAGGCUAAACGAGCUCGUGUGAUUUAGGGUGUCAGUAAUUGGUUUGCGCAAAAUGUGUUUUUAUUCACUCUGUACAAAUAUAUGUCGUAGCAACAGUACUGUAAAGAUGUCUCCUUUGUCUCUGUGUUCAAAGCUCCUGUAGAUUUCAUUUCCUUAUUUUUUCCGAAUAAUUUUAAAACCAUUGUUCUCAAUGCUAAUUUAUAUACGGGAUCUCUUGUCUUUC